AUGCCUCCCAAAAAACUUCACGCAGCAAUACUAUGCAGUCCAGGUGUCGGUCAUCUAGUUCCAGUAUUAUUACUUGGCCGCCGUCUUAUCAAUCACCACAACCUCCAUGUCACCGUCCUCGCCGUCACCACCGCCACCUCAACAGCGGAAUCCCAACUCCUCAAAUCCUUGACCGCCGACAUCCACCUUCCAGUCAUCCAAAUUCCUGCUGCAGACAUCUCCGAAGUCGUUUCUCCAGAUUCCAAAGUGUUCACUAAGAUUUGCGUCAUGAUGCGGGAAACAAUACCCACCAUCCCCGUACCACCAUAUCCUCCAUGGACCCUCUUCCCGACAUCCUCGUCGGCGAUAUUUUCUCAUCGGAAUCUUGGGAUAUAG